GGGAGGCAUCCAUCGCCAACUUGGGUGUGGGUAAGAAAUACAAGAGGGGCCCAACCCGUAACCGGGUGCAGGGGAGAUCGGCCUGGACAGAUAAUGACUGCAAGGUUCUGAGUCACGUGACUGCAGCUUUGUAGGUGACCACCUCCUCCAGGAUCACCGAGGAUGGACAAGAGUCACAUGAUUAGAAUGAUAUUGAAUCUCACAGUGGAUAUUAUCUAUUUGUUGACUGGAGAGGAAUAUUGUGUUGUACAGCAGCAAUCUGGUGAGCGACUGUUUCCCAGCAGUAAUGCUCAUAUGUUAUUACGAUGGAACAGGACCCAGAGACCAAACCAAGAUAAAAACAAUGAACAAGAGAUCUUAGAGCUCACCAACAAGAUUAUUCAGCUGCUGACUGGAGAGGGUGAAGACUUAAUUGACAUUAAGGUUGAAGUUACAGAGAAAGAAGAAAUAUUGGGAAGUUGUGGUCAGAAGUUUGAGGAGGAGGGGAUACCACUCAUUAUCAAAACAGAUGGAUCCCUUAGAUGCCCCAGUCCUCUUUAUGAACAAGAUCUCCCUGGGCAAAAUACCAAUGUCCCACUGAGUGACAAGGAUGAAUCUAUGAAUGCUGCAAAUGGUAGAAUUUGCCCGAAUGGGAAUAAGAAAGAGAAUUAUCAGAGGAUUGUCCAACUAUGUACAGAGGAGGACACUCCUGCAGAUAUCAGUCCAGAUGGAUAUGACUGCAGAAAUGACACCCGUGAGGAAAGUCAUAUGUUACUUUGUACACAUACAGUGGAAGAUAACAUCCUCCAGGGUUCACCUAGCAAAGCUGUCACCAUCCAAAAUACUACACCACCUGGAUGUGGAAUUUCUUUCUCUAGUGCCACGUAUAUAUCUGAGCAAAAAUAUAUUCCUCUAAGGGACGAAUACUCUUUUACAGUUAAGUUGCAACAGGACAAAACCGAGGAAGAAAGGCCAUUUUCUUGCCCUGAAUGUGGAAAAGGAUUUACAAAGAAGUCUUCUCUUAUUAGACAUCAGAUAAUCCACAUGGGAGAGAAGCCAUUUUCAUGUACAGUUUGUAGUAAAUCUUUUGCCCGUAAAUCAACCCUAGUUGAACAUAAGAAAACUCACACCUGUGAAAAGCCAUAUUCUUGUUCAGACUGUGGGAAGUGUUUUGUAAGGAAAGCAAAUCUUCUAGACCAUCAGAGGAUGCACACAGGAGAAAGGUUAUUUUCAUGUCCUGUUUGUGGGAAGUGUUUCACCAACAAGACUAUUCUUGUGAGGCACCAGAAAAGUCACACAGGAGAAAAGCCGUUUUCAUGUUCCGAGUGUGGGAAAUGUUUUGGACAUAAAUCUGUUCUUGUUAAACACCGGAUCGUUCACACUGGUGAAAAACCUUUUCCCUGUUCUGAGUGUGGGAAAUGCUUUACACAGAAGGGUAAUCUCAUGGAGCAUCAGAAGAUCCACACUGGGGAAAGGCCAUACUUUUGCUCAUACUGCGGGAAAUAUUUUACCAAUAAAGCCAUUCUUAUGAGGCAUCAGGUGACGCACUCAAAGCAGAGGCCAUUUUCCUGCUCAGAAUGUGGCAAAUGUUUUAUGCACAAGGCGAAUCUUGUCAAACACGAGAAAACUCACAUGACAGAAACUCUAUGAGAAGAUCUAUAAACACUUACUAUGUGUCAUCACAGGUAUCAUGUUGUACAUUUUUUAAAGCUACAUUUUAAUCUUGUUAAUAUUAACAUGAAAGUGACAGAAAAACUAAAAGUCUGCACCGUGCCUCAGCAUUAAGCACAAUCCAUACGCAUACAUUGUAGGAGUUCUUUAGACAAGUAGAGAGGGAAGUAACAGUGGGCUUGAUGGGAUUCACAGUCUAAGGCUACAUGCACACGACCGUAUGUGUUUUGCUGUCUACAAAUCGCGGAACCGUUGUUAGUUUCCAUUGUGCUUCCACAUCCGUUCCGUCUUUCCGCAAAUUGCGUCUGUUGUGUUUCCGUGUGUCUUAUUUUUUUUUUGUGGACCGC